AUGAAGUCUCUUCUUUUUCUAGCACUCAGCGUGAAUCUGGCAUCAGCAGCGACACACUCUCUGCAGUACUUCUGCACUGCAGUUACUCCAGGAAUAAACUUCCCAGAGUUCUGUGUGGCUGGUAUGCUGGAUGGGGAGCAGUUUGUGUACUAUGACAGUAACAUCAGUAAGAUGGUCCCCAAAACAGAGUGGAUGAAGAAGAGUGACGCUGAUGAUCCAGAUUACUGGAACAGUGAGACCCAGAUUAGUGAGCGUCAUCAGGAGAACUUCAGAACCAGUGUGGAUAAUCUAAUGCAGCGCUUCAACCAGAGCACAGGAGUUCACACAGUGCAGUGGAUGUACGGCUGUGAACUGCAUGAUGAUGGAACCAAGAGAGGAUUUGACCAGUACGGUUAUGAUGGAGAAGACUUCAUCAGUCUGGAUCUGAACACUCUCACCUGGACUGCAGCCAACGUUAGAGCUGUUAUUACCAAACAGAAGUGGGAGAGUACAGCCUGGGCUGCUCAGGUGAAGAACUACCUGGAGAACACCUGCACUGAGUGGUUACUGAAGUAUGUGGGUUACGGCAGAUCCGCUCUGGAGAGGAAAGUCUCUCCUGAGGUGUCUCUAUUCCAGAGGGACUCUUCUUCUCCAGUGGUGUGUCAUGCUACAGGUUUCUUCCCCAAAGCAGUGAUGAUCUCCUGGCAGAAGAAUGGAGAGGAUCUGCAUAAGGAUGUGGAGCUCAGAGAGACGCUACCCAACCAGGAUGGAACCUUCCAGAAGAGGAGCGUUCUGACUGUCUCACCUGAGGAGCUGGACAGGAAUUACUUCGCCUGUAUCAUUCUUCACAGCAGCCUGGAGAAGGAGAUAGAGCUGCCGGUGUCUGUUCGCAGAAUCCUUCAAGGUAGGAAUCUGAUUCUGGAAAAAAAUAUUUAAGAAAUAAUUUAUUUUUUUCAUAUUGAUUUGACUGGCGAAGUAGAAACAGGACACUGACCCAGAUUUAACACACUGUGUUUCAGACGGAAGCUCAAGUUUCAGAAUUAUCAUCAUUAUAUUUGCAGCCGUUCUUCUGCUCUUUGCACUGUGGAUGAUGGUGAAAGAGUGUGGUAAGGAAACCAGAGCAGAUAUCAGUCUGUAUGAAGCGACGCACUGAGAGUGUAAACAUACAGUACUGUGAAAGAGUGUUCUGACUUUUUUUGCUUUUGCAAAUAUGUCAAACCAACCAAAAUGUAAUAUAAGACAAAGACAACAAAAGUAAACACAAAAUACAGGUUUUACAUGACCAUUUAAUUCUCACUUACGGAUGGCUGUGGCAUCACUGGGGUUCAAACUCACAGUCUCCACCUAGGGGUGAAUUUUAUUUUAACUUUGAAAAGUAAUGAAAUGAAAUGAUGUGGUGCAAGGGUCUAUGUAUUCACUCCAGCAUCAGCAGGUUGUGAGUUUGGACCCCAGCUGUGCCUCAGCUGUCCAUAUCUGGAGGCCCAAGAGGAGAAAAUGCCUGGUGAAACUGUGUGAUGGAAAGGGUUCCAGCUGUUGGAGACACUGUGUAAAAAAGCUAAUUCUGUAUUAUUUACUUUACUGAGAAAUGAGAGUUUUGACUCAACUAAGAAGUUGGGAUAACUCAAGAGAAGGUGUGUAAUCAGUUGCCUUAUCAUUAAGUCCAUAUUUUGACAUUAAUGUAUGAAAAUUGCAUUGCUAAGCAAUACGCCUGGGCAAUAUUUACAAAUAAUUAGCAUGAUAUUUUCUAGUUAAAAAAAAGGUGAUUAUUGAUUAUAUUGGCUCCCAAACGUGGUUUGCUGCAGCCUUGACCUACUUUCUAUUCUAUUUUGUGUACAUGCUUUUUAAAAGUUUUAAUGAAUAUUUUUAACAAACCACAUAUUAAAUGAUGUAAUACUGAGUAACCCAACAUCUUUUAAAAACUACUUCACCUGUCAUUAUAAUAAACGUUACUGUAAACAGGUGUGUUAAAGAGCUCCUUCUGGUGUAGAUUCAUGGUAAUUUGUGUGCUAAUGGCGCUCCCUGCU